AUGCAUUGGAGGUGGAUUCCCGUUGUGAGCCGAAGUUCCCGGCGGCUUGGACAAUCCUUGGCUUGUUGCUUCUACUGGCCACCUGAUUGUCCGGAUAAGCGCAUCAAAGUGCGUACACUCUUGUCCGUUCAUUUUGCCAAGGUCCGUCGCGCAAAUCCUGCGUACUUGUGGAAUAACUGUUUGACAACCACCAUAGAAAAUAAUAAGCGCCCGCGAUGUUCUCAAGUUCCUGGUUCGUCUGUGAUCAAUAUAAGCAAGAUCAUUCCACUACUUCGUUUGGUGUUACUGUGGGAACAACGUCGCAUAGUGUGGAUGCUAUCGUGCAGACAU